AGUUGGGGCGCGAAAAGCUGGUGACAGUUCGAGGCUGUUGAGGGAAUUACGUUUUCCUCAGAUUCAGAUUCGAGGCGAGGACAAACCUACAGGAAGGAAAGGAAGAAUCCAAGGUGUGGCAGAAGAUUCUGAAAACAAGCCAAAGAAGCCAGUUUAUGGAUCCCGUGAACUGUCCAAGUGCUCCGAAAGACUUCUGAAUAUGGAAGGACCCUUGAGGCCAAGACCUACUAACCCCAGUGACUUCCAGUUUGGAGUGGUUGCCACAGAGACCAUCGAAAAUGCCCUUCUUCACUUGGCCCAACAGAAUGAGCAAGCAGUAAAAGAGGCUGCGGGACGGAUGGGCAGCUUCAGGGAGACCCGAAUCGUGGAGUUUGUUUUUCUCCUGUCUGAACAAUGGUGUCUGGAGAAAUCUGUGAGCUACCAGGCUGUAGAAAUCCUGGAAAGGUUUAUGGUAAAGCAGGCCGAGAACAUCUGUCAGCAAGCUACACUCCAGCUGAGAAAUAACAAGACAGAAUUGCAGAACUGGAGGGCUCUGAAAGAGCAGCUUUUCAACAAGUUUAUCCUCCGUUUGGUGUCAUGUGUUCAGCUGGCCAGCAAACUGUCUUUCCACUACAAGAUUGUCAGCAACAUUACAGUUCUGAGUUUCCUCCAGGCUCUUGGUUACGUACACACCAAAGAAGAACUGCUAGAGUCAGAGCUUGAUGUUUUGAAGUCCCUGAACUUCCAGAUAAACCUGCCCACUCCGCUGGCAUAUGUGGAGAUGCUCCUUGAAGUUCUAGGGUACAACGGCUGUCUGGUCCCAGCCGCACAACUACAUGCAACUUGUCUGACCCUCCUCGACCUGGUCUAUCUUCUGCACGAACCCAUCUACGAGAGCCUGUUGAGGGCUUCAAUUGAGAAUUCCACACCCAGCCAACUGCAAGGGGAAAAGUUUGUCUCCGUGAAGGAAGACUUUAUGCUGUUGGCAGCUGGGAUCAUUGCAGCAAGUGCCUUCAUCCGAAGCCAUGCAUGCUGGAGCCAGGUCGUAGGGCACUUGCGGAGCAUCACAGGCAUCGCCUCGGAAAGCAUUGCCGAGGUCUCUUACGCAAUCCUGACUCACAGCGUGGGAGCAAACACUCCUGGGCAACAACAGCCUGUUCCCUACAAGGCAGCCAGAGCUCUGAGGACUGCUGCUUCCUCUAACACAUGAGGCUGGCCAAGCCCCGGCGCACAGCCUUCUGUCACUGUAUUCUCCUUCUCUCUGUUUACUUUCAUACUCGGGGCACAAAAAUCUCAAGUUUCCUUUGAACACUAUCUUGUAUUUCAAUUUCAGGCACAUUUUUUUUCUACAUCAGAGAUAGUUAUGGGGGAAAACCAUGUCUCUUGUGUCAUGGCAGGCUGAAAACGUCAAAGAAUUGGACAGUUUAUGAAAUUGGCUCAUUUGUGUUUAACAAGACAUUUAAUUUUUCCUAAUUUACUCUAAUAGGAAAUAUCAGAUACAGAGAUAAGUAUUUCUGAGGGUUUUAAAACAGACUUUUGGAUGACCUUGACUGAGUAUCUCCAAAGUAGCCUUUCUUCUUUUGUUUCCCUACAGCUGAUUUUUUAUUUGUUUUUUUUGUUUUGUUUUGUUUUGUUUUUUUAGACAGGAUCUCACAAUUUAGCCCUGGCUAGCUUACACUUCGCUAUUCACACCAUGCUGGGUUGGCAUUCAGGGGGCCACUUGUCUCUGCCUCCUGAAUGCUGGGGCUAAGUACCCUCAUGCCUGGCUCACUGUUUUAUUUUUUUAAACUAAAACAUGUUUCAAAG